ACUGCGCUUAAACCUCAUCGAAGAAGAAUUCAUUUCCUCCACAUUCUUUCUGGUUUGUGGAUCAUGAUGGCUGCCGCCUUGAGAGGAAGCGUUGUAACAUUGGCCAAGGGCCUUACUGGCACUGGUCCGUGGUGGCAGCAGCUGGCUGCCCGGUCCCUCACUAUGACCCGCAGUCUGGGUGGGCCUGAGGCACCCCCGGCCCGCGCCGACGCCACAUUCAAAGUCACCAUGGUGCCCGGGGACGGAGUAGGACCUGAACUGAUGACUGCCGUCAAGGAGGUGUUCAAGGCGGGUGACGUCCCAGUGGAGUUUGAGGAGUUCCACCUAAGUGAGGUGCAGCAUAUGGACAGCGACGAGAAGCUGGAGCAGGUGUUGGCCUCCAUGAAGACCAACAGGGUGGCCAUGAAAGGAAAGAUUAACACCCCCAUGGAGUUCAAAGGGGAGCUGGCUGGCUUUGAGAUGAAAAUUAGGCGUAGGCUGGACCUGUUUGCAAAUGUGGUACACGUGAACAGCCUGCCUGGCUAUAGCACCCGCCACAACAACCUGGACCUGGUCAUCAUCCGAGAGCAGACUGAGGGAGAGUACAGCUCUCUGGAGCACGAGAGCGUGCCUGGAGUGAUUGAAUGUCUGAAGAUCAUCACUAGGGAGAAGUCUCGGCGCAUCGCCAAGUUUGCCUUCGACUACGCCACCAAGAAGGGUCGCAGCAAGGUCACGGCGGUCCACAAGGCCAACAUCAUGAAGCUUGCAGAUGGCCUGUUCCUACAGUGCUGUGCCGAGGUGGCAGAGCUGUAUCCCAAGAUCAAAUAUGAGAACAUCAUCAUAGACAACUGUUGCAUGCAGCUGGUCCAGAACCCAUACCAGUUUGACGUGCUGGUGAUGCCCAACCUUUAUGGCAACAUCAUUGACAACCUGGCCGCUGGGCUGGUCGGCGGGGCAGGAGUGGUGCCAGGAGAGAGCUACAGCGCCGAGUAUGCCGUGUUUGAGACCGGAGCGCGGCACCCCUUUGCCCAGGCUGUAGGCAGGAACAUCGCCAAUCCCACAGCCAUGCUGCUCAGUGCUGCCAACAUGCUCCAUCACCUCAACCUGGAAUACCACUCCAAUAUGGUGUCAGAUGCUGUCAGGAAGGUCAUCAAACAGGGCAAGGUGCGCACAGGAGACCUGGGGGGCUAUGCCACAAGCGACGAGUUCACCAGAGCUGUCAUCGCCAACCUAGCCAUCUGAGCUAGCCUCUCAAACACACACUUUAUUUUACUCCCUUCAAACUAGUCUCUCUGCAUUGACCACUCAAGCAGCUGCGCAACAGAUUAAAUCCUCCUGACCCAUGCUCAACAACAGCUAACACCCAUAGACUCAAAUGCAUACAAACCCAGAGUAUACAUAAAAUACGCACAAUGAAAUUGAGGACCGGUUACAUAAAAGAGAAGGCAAUAUGGGGAUGACACCUUCAGGCUUUUGAACGGUACCAAAAUAAAUGUUUUCCCAUUCAACAAUAGAUGUAUAGAACUUGUAAGUCACAUUCUCUACCAGAGUGGUGGUGUUCAAUGAAUGGGCCUUGUUUAGAUAUACAAGAUACAUGUAUAUUAUUUUAAUUCACUAUAAGUGUUAUAUGCAUUAUUGACUUGUUCAUUCAUAAUUAGUAAUAAACAUAUUCCUAUAUCUGA